CCGUUAGUCCUUUAACUUUGUCUCUGUGACCAAUCUUCAGUUAGGCUUUUGCUGUCUUCCCAUUUUUAUUUCUCAAUUCUCUCUUUUGUUCUCCAAAUUAUCGAACUCCCCCUUGUUAAACUUAAAAGCACAAUAUGAGCAAAAGAGAGAAUUGAGGAAGAUUGGGGUCGAAAUGGUGGGUUUUUUAUAUGGGUUUUGAGGAAGUUGAGGAGGUGGGUGUGGUUAGAAGUUGGGGAGAGAGUGAGGGUUGGGUGAGGAAUUGAUGGGGUUUUGGGUGCGCUUGGAAGUGUUGGGUUUGGGAUUGGAGAGAGCACUGGUUUUGGGUUCUUAGGCGUUUGCUUUUGUUUUCCAUAACGAUUAGAAGUUAUUCUCAAAAGCGAAUCUGGUGCCAAACAAAAGAAGAAGCAAUGGGAGCCUCUAGUCCACCAAGGCUUUCUGGGAUGCAGAAACAAGUUCUUAGUCUAUACAGAGGGUUUCUGAGGGCAGCCCGUGCCAAAUCUGCUGAAGAUCGACAACAGAUUGAGUCACUUGUGUCAAGUGAGUUCCGCUGCAAUGCCAAGGAGGUAGACCGCAAAAAUUUCCCUUACAUUGAAUACUUGCUUCGCUGCGCUAAGAAACAGCUUGAUCAGCUCAGGAGCCCCGAUUUUGUGAGAUGAUAAUGAAUAACUAUAGGAAGAAAAAAAAAAGAAAUUAAAAGAAAUUAAAAGAAAAAAAAAAGAAAUUAAAAAACGAUGCUGGAGCAAAGCCAAUACAUAUGCAUAAGUUGAUGUUUGGGGAGGCAACCCCCAAUGUUCAAAGAACCUCGAGCAAAACCAAUAUAAUAAUCUAAUGAGCCAAAACUCAUGAAACAGUAAC